AACUUGUAAUGUGGUCCCGCUUCACAAGCACCGUUAGCUCAAAUUAGCUUCAUUGGCUACAUGCUGCCGAAUUCACGUUUACUUGUUUACAUUAAACAACAUUUAUUAUUGGCGGAUUUUAUUUUUACAUGUCAUUUUAUUCGUGAGGGCUUCUGCUCGUGUCGCUAACAAAGAUGGCGUGUCGGGUUUCUUUUCAAACGCGACUCUCGUCCAUCAUGGAGACAAUGGCCAAGUCUGCUCUGAGUCAGGUCUCCCAACUGGUGGAUGAAGACUCCGCUGAGAUUAAGAUGGAGUUAUCUCGGCUUUUAUCGGCAAAUUCCGCCCUGACGGAUAAAAUAAACAGUCUUGAAUGCGAACUUACAGAGGCGAAAAGCGACUCGUCUAAAUUGAUUAGAGCUUGUCGGAGUGUUGGUAUACAGACGGACUGCUACAGAGAGGAGGAUGUUAACUGUGAUUCUGAGCAUGUUGCUAUAGAUGGAAUCUUUGGAAAUGACUGGUGUACGAACCUGUGGAAAGAUAGAGUCCCGUGCAGUCUGCAGAGAUGCGAAGGCUCUCCACAGUCAUUUGAUGAGUCUGAAACAUUGGAGGCUGAUCACAUUACCAGUCAUGAAAACAAAGCACAAGAUUACAUGCAAAAUGUUGCCACCUGCUUUCCGCAGCAGAUGCACCAUGCUGAAGAACAAAACACAGGCAUAAGUGAAGAACCAGAACAGCUCUCCGUGGAUUACUCAGUGGAUGACAGCGGCUUAUCGUUUGACCAAGGCAGAGAACAGGUUGGAGUUGGUCCUGAAGAAGCAGCUGUACAGUUAUUGCCCCUCAACAAUUCAGAAGACACUUUCAGUGCUCACAUCAUUCCAAUUGAAGUAGAAGAAGAAGAAGAGGAAGAGGAUGAUGAUGAUGAUGUCCAGUUUGUUCAAGAAACACAGCAAGUACCAGUGGAAAACACUUCUGAUGAUGCUGGUGUGCUCUCUGUGCAAACCACCAAAAUGUCAAAAACAGUAAAGUUUUCUUGUAAAAUAUGUUGCAGAACUUUCUUUCACAAAGGAUCUCUUACUCGCCACAUGAAGUCACAUAAGUCUAACGUCUGCAAUGUUUGCAAGCAGCAUUUUACUCAUAAAAACCAAUUAGACUCUCACAGGUGUGUGCGGCCUCAUCUCUCGCAAACAUUGACCUCGAGUUGCAAUAUAUGCGGGAAGACAUUCGCCAACCCUUCAGCUCUCAGGAUUCACUAUGUGGUUCACACUGGAGAAAAACCUCACAAGUGCAUUUUUUGUGGAAAAAGAUUUACACAGAAAGGCAACCUGAAAUGCCACGUGCGUAUCCACACCGGAGAAAGACCUUUCAGCUGCAAUAAAUGUGGAAGAACUUUCACACAAAAGGUGAACCUUAACCAUCAUUUAAUGGCACACUUGAACCGACAGGUUGCGGAAAACGACAGUGAUUCUGAAGAUGAUUAAAAAGCUGAUAUUAUAAGCAAAUAUUCCACCACAGAUGCUUGUAGUUCAGGAUAUGUAGCUUUAUUAUAGUACUGUUCUAGUUGGAAGAACUGCUGUUGUCAUGUUUUAACAGUUUACUGUAUUGUUUCUAAUUGUGUGGUAACAAAGUGUUUUGUGUUUUUUUUUUUUUUACCAUCAAAAUGUUUCCUGUCUUUAAUUUAAAAAAAAAUAAUAAUAAAAUUGCUCUGUCUUCUGUUUUACUCGUACCUUCUUUGAAAUAUGUUUUCUUGAUCACCUUGUCUGGGAGUCUUCCAUAUGCUGGAGUUCUUCAGACCAUGCAGAUCACAAAAAAAACUUUCAUUAACAGAAAAUUGCAAACUUUAAUAUUGACAACUUGAAUUUUAAUAGGAAAUAUUAGUUAAAAUAAUGUUGCUUAAAAUACACAUAAGAUACAAUUAAGUGUUAUGAAUUUAAAAAAAAGUCCACCAACCACACAACUUAUGAGGUAACCAUAAAUGUUUAUUCACACAGCAACACCAUUUAGACUACAAUAAUUACUUCAUGAGCUAAUUUAAAUAUAAUGUAACAAACACAAACAUUUCAUUUCAUUUGAAUGCAAAACAAAAGAUAUGGCUUCUGAAAAACAAUGUUGACACCAGGCCAAUAAAGAAAAACAUUUUUUUCUUUUUUUUUUCUAAGAGGUAGUUUUAAAGGUUUAUGCUACUUGUGUGCAAACUGUUGAUUACCUGCCCAGAGGUAUUAUUUUUGGCAUUUUCAAGACAGGCCUUUGUGUUUUAAGAUAUGAGGUAUAUUGACAUGCAUGAGUGACACGGAAGUAAAGAGUUUGCAUUUAGACUUUUUUUUACAUGUUCUAAUUGCAUGGGGCAUGGUAAAUUGUUUCAAUGAAUACAUCUUCAUAAUGCAUUUUACAUAACAGAGAAAUCUCCAAACUCACAAUAUUACAAAAGAUCCAAUCAAAAGGAAACAACAAAAGAAAAAGAUAAAAUAA